AUGCUGAAUACGCUAAUAGUUGAUGAUGAAGAGGAUAGCAGAUCUUCUUUACAACAUUUCCUGACCAAAUAUUGCCCAACGGUCCGGAUCGUCGGCACGGCGGCUUCGGUGCAGGAAGCAUUGGUAAUUAUCCGCAAUUACCCACCGGACCUGGUCUUUCUGGACAUUAAUAUGCCAUAUGAAAAUGGCUUUGAAUUAUUCCGCACAUUACCGGCCCCUGAUUUCCAUACCAUUUUUGUAACGGCCUAUGAAGAGUAUGCGCUAAAGGCUAUUAAGCAUCAUGCCCUGGAUUAUAUUCUGAAACCGGUAAAUAUUACAGAACUGAUGCAGGCGGUGAACCGGGCAGAGGGACUUGCUGAUAAACAGAUUGUAAAUCGUCAGAUCAGCAAUUUGCUACAGUCCAUGCAACGGCUGCAAACACCGGAGAAAAUCAACAUUCCACUUGCGGACGGCUUCCUUUAUGUGCCUGUCCAGGAUAUUAUCCGAUGUGAGGCGGAAAGCAGCUAUACCGACACCACGAACAUGAGGCGUAAUGCUUUGGCUUAUGCCGCCCGGCAAUUCGCUAUGGUUCGACCGUUCAAUGUUGAAUUCAGUCAGGUGGCUCCUUAUAGAUAUACACCGAAAAUAGAAGGUGUCACCCUGCCCGAGAACAAG